AAGCUGUUGAGUUCGUACAAGAACCCUCAACAAAAAUUUUACAAUAACGUUCGCUUUCAGUUCGGUCGAUGCUGUGACUGGGUCCUCGUCCCUGAGAUCUGCUAUUCUGUUAGAAUGAAAUUAAUACAUGAAACUAAUGCCGACAAUGCAUCUUAGUGGCACUGCAUGACUAGGCGACACGCGGUGUAUUGGGUCCAAUAAGACUGGGCAUGCAGAUUUGUUGCUGAAGACCCUACACAAUGCCCAGCAAAUUUCGCAAAGAAGUAUGAUAAAUAGAGACAUUCGGCAGAUGAAAGAUUGAUUCAAGGGCGCAGUCAAGAACUAAUUCCUUCAGAGUUCCACAAUGGACGGAUUCCUACUCCUCACCUUUGCCUCACUGGCAGCACUGACAGCAGUCUUGGAGCUUUUCAAACGCCGAAGUUCCAAGCUUGACACAACAAACAGAGAAUUUCUGCGGUUCAGAGCCAACUAUGUGUUGGUGUAUGCACUCAUGAUGGCUGGAGACUGGCUGCAAGGUCCAUACGUCUAUGCGCUGUACCAGUACUAUGGCUUUGAUAGAGGACAGAUAGGGCGGCUCUUCAUUGGAGGCUUCGCGUCCUCCAUGGUUUUUGGCACCAUCGCCGGAUCUCUGGCAGACAAAUAUGGAAGGAAGAAGGCAGCGCUGGCAUAUGUGGUGAUGUACACAAGCGGCUGCGUGACAAAGCACUUCAACGACUUCAACGUACUCCUAGCCGGCCGCCUGUUCAGCGGAGUUGCCACAUCCCUGCUGAACUCAGCCUUCGAGUCAUGGCUGGUGGCAGAGCACAGCAAGAGGAACUACGAUGACGAUUGGCUGGGGGGCACAUUCUCAGCCUCGGUGUUUGUGGGCAACGGCUUCAUGGCAAUCCUGAGCGGCCUGGCGGCGCACACCCUGGUUGAGGCUUUCUCUCUGGGGCCGGUGGCGCCCUUUGACGCUGCGCACGCCGUGCUGCUGCUGGGGGGAAUUUUAAUUCUGCUGACGUGGACGGAAAACUUUGGGGACGAUGGGAAGGAGAGCCGCGCCGGCUUCCUGGGGCAGAUAUGGGGCGCCAUGCGGGCCAUCAGGAAAGACCCGAAGAUAGCGCUGCUGGGGGCGAUGCAGUCCCUGUUUGAGACGAGCAUGUACACGUUUGUGUUCCUGUGGACGCCAGCGCUGAGCCCCAAUGGGGAGCACCUGGAGCACGGCCUCAUCUUCACCUGCUUCAUGAUGGCUUGCAUGGCCGGCUCGACCAUCGCCGGCCGCCUGCUCUCCGACCCCCGCCGCUACCAAGUCAGCCACUACAUGAAGACUGUGUACGGGCUGGCUGCGCUGACGUUGCUGGUACCAGUGUUCUUCCACUGGUACGCUCCAAGGGAGGACGAAGAGGACAGCAAGGCGUGGGCAUCCAUCGGGCUGACCUGGCAGGCCAAGCUCCAGCUGGUCGCUUUCUGCGCAUUCGAGGCAAGUGAUCCUGUGUUGGUGGGAGUGUUCUGGCCGUCCAUGAUGAAGCUGCGCAGCCAGUACGUGCCCGAGGACCAGCGCGCGACCAUCCUCAACCUUUUCCGCAUCCCCCUCAACCUCUUCGUCUGCCUCGUCCUCUACAACGUGGCGAACGUGCCUCUGUCUGUGAUGUUUGGCAUGUGCUCGCUGUUCCUGCUGCUCGCCUUCUUCUGCCAGCACCGCUUCCUGCUGCUCAGCGUGCGCUCGCGCGUGCAAAGCACCCUCCGCCGCGGCCAGGCCGCCGGCGCUCGCAGCUGACGCGGGGCUGCUAGCUUAGUGUGAAUAGAGUGAACCUCUGACACGUACACGGGUGCACAGGACAACAUUUGUUAAAUUCUUGCGGUCUGGGUGCAAGUGAAAGGACUGGAGGCCUCUCUAUGCAAGACAUGGACAUGCACCGGCAAUUGAGAUGUUGCGACCGCGGCGCGACAGUGUCUAAGUCAUUCCCGGGAUAUAUUGCGGGGCUCAUGGUUUGACUCGGGGUGCUGCUGUUGCGGACGCGGCAUCAAUUAGUGAACACCGGAGAGAUUGUACUGGGGCUUUUGGAGGUAUUGAAAACGCAGCAUGUAGUUGAGUGGACAGCUGCGGGUCUGCAUACGCCUUUGCAAGCCAUGCAUGGAUGUUCGAGCUUGCACAGAUGUGUGGUGCAGAUGCUUCCAGAAUUAUAAAGUAGUGUUGUCCAUGUCAGAUAUGGGCCAGCAUCGAGCCCUGGCCUUGAUGUCACAUGAGUCAAUGUUGAAUGGCUGAGCACACAGGUCUGAGCUUGAUCAGUGGUCAUGACUCAGGCUGAUCAGUCAUCAUGAUCAGUGACUGUCGAGCCGAUAUAUCGCGCGGGAUCUUAUUAUUAUUAUUAUUACACGCUUUUCCUGCCGAAGGCAAGGUGCGUCUGCAGACAAGCUGCAUGUAAAGGCUGCCAAAUUC